AUGAGGCGCCUCUCCACGGCCGUCACCAUCACCGACCCGCUGGUCAAGUACCGGAGCCUAGUGUCCACCGGGGUCUGCUGCCCGGACCCGGCCCAGCACCGCCUGGCGCGGCACCUGCGCGAGGUCUACCUCCGCGUCAAGGACUACUCGCCGCAGCUCGCCUACCCGCAGCGGCUGUCGCACGUCGCGCGCCUCACCUCCUCGCCGGCAGAAAAAUCCUCCACCGACGGCGACGACGUCCUCGCGGUGCCGAGCCACGCCAUCUGGCGCAACCCGCUCUUCAGGCACCUCCUACCCAGCGGCGGCGGCGAGACGCGUGACAGCGUGGCGCUCACGCGCGUGCUGCAGGACCACGAGCUCGCCGUCGAAAUCGACUCCCCGCGGGGCCUCUUCCUCUCCGGCGAGGUCGGCACGGGCAAGUCUAUGCUGCUGGACCUGCUCGCUGACGGGCUGCCCCACGGCCGCAAGCGGCGCUGGCACUUCAAUACCUUUAUGCUGUACACGUUUGCGCAGCUCGAGGACCACCGCGCGUCGUUGCGCCGCAGCGACGAGGAGCACUCGCUGCUGUGGAUGGCCAAGAAGCUGGUCGACGAGUCGCCGAUCCUCUUCCUCGACGAGUUUCAGCUGCCCGACCGCGCGGCCAGCAAGAUCCUCAGCCACCUGUUCAUCGCCUUCUUCCAGCUCGGCGGCGUUCUGAUAGCCUCGUCCAACCGGGUGCCGGAGGACCUGGAAAAGGCCACGGGCGUCGACUACGCCAACGCGCCGCGCCUGGGGCUCAUGCGCAAGAUCUUUGGCGGCGCGGGCGGCGAGCUGCACGGCCAGGGCAGCGACUUUGCGAAGCUGCUGCAGGUGCUCAAGGCGCGCUGCGACUUUUGGCAGAUGGAAGGCGUCCGGGACUGGCGGCGCCGCGAGGACACCGGCGCGCAGCUCGACGAGGAUGCGCCGAGCGAGGGAGAGGCAGUUAGGCUGGCCCUGGCAAAGGACGAAGACGCGCCAAAGUCUAGCGAUACACCGGUAAACUACUUCAUCACUGGCCAAGGAGAUGAAGGGUGGUUAGAGUAUGUUAAAGGAAAGGCAUUUGGUAAUAGUCCAGGCGAAAAUUGGACAUCAGAAACCAUUGUUGUCUACGGACGCAAGGUAGUCAUCCCGCAGCACCACGAUGGCACUGUGUUCUGGGACUUUGAGCAGCUGGUCGGCACAUUCGGACCCGCCGACUACAUCACCAUGGCGUCCUCGUUCCACACCUUCAUCAUCGACAACGUCCCCGCCCUGUCUGUGCUGCAGAAGAAUGAGGCGCGGCGCUUCAUCACUUUCCUCGACGCUCUCUACGAGGCCCGGUGCAAGCUCGUCGUCCGCGCCGAGCGCGCCCCCGACCACCUCUUCUUCCCUGAGACGAAGCUUCCUCGGCGACCCGCCACGGACGAGGACGACGACGGCGGCGACGCCACCUACUCGGAGACCAUCGCCGAGGUGUACCAGGACCAGGUGUCGCCGUUCCGGCCCAACGUGUCCUUUUACGACACCAAGGCCGCCACGGCACGCUACGACCCCGACCAGGACUCGGACUUUGUGCUCGAGACGAGGCGGCCAAAAGCGGUCGACUUUGCGGACGCGGGCGCGUUCACGGGCGAGGACGAGCGCUUCGCAUACCGGAGGGCGGCGUCGCGCCUGUGGGAGCUGUGCGGCGGAAGGUGGCACGCUCGCACGGGUGCGUGGUGGCGGCCGCUGCCGCGGGAGGUGCGGCACUGGGAGGGCGGCGCGGCUUCGACGCCGCUGAGCAGCAGGGCGCCCCUUGAGAAAGGGUCGACCGGGGAGGGUGUGGGCGAGAGCGUGGACGUGGACGAGGUGGCGGGGCUGGCGCGGUACCGCAUCGAGCAUAUAAAGCAGGGCGGGUGA